AUGGAAAAUUUAUCAAUCCCCACUUUGGCGGUUGAAAAUAAAGAAAGAAUAAAAAAACCAAGUCAAAAAAAACGCCGAGCUGAACAACGACGAAAAGCAAUUGCUCUGCAGUUGAAUAAUCCAGAAGUCGAUAUAGUUAUUCCUGUGGGGAAAAGAAAGAGAAACAAGGAAAAGCAAACUUUCAAAAAUUUAAUUCCUUUUUUAGAAUCAGACAUUUCGAUUUCAGAAUUUGAAAAGUGUUCAACAAUGUGUAGUGCAGUGGGUGCAGAACCGUCUACUUCCGAAGUGGAAAUGAGUUUAGAUGAUGUGAUGUCAUUAAUUGAAGAUGAGAAGAAAUCAAAUGCACCAACUGAAAUGGAUGAAGAUUUUCUUGAACUUGAUACCUCACCACUGAAAAUGACACCGCUAAAGCAGACACCACCAGUGACCAGAAGCUCAAUUACUACAAAAAAAUCCAAACAGGACAGCAUUCGAGACGUCCGAAAGUGCUGUGUUCUAAACAACAAUACAAAGACUUUGGAUUAUUUAGUAAUGUAUUAAAGAUCUCAAAAAAGU